AUGGAUAUAGGCAACUUUGACUCACGUCCCGCGUCUAUUCUGGAAUACAUCAAACGGAAUCCCUCCUCCGCACUUAGCACCCGGUGGGUUUUCGACCUUCCAGAGGCUGAACAAGAGGAAUGUCUGGUAAAGAUGAUUGAGAAUGCCGCCUUUCCUGAAACAUGGAUGGUAUAUUUUGAUUAUGCUGAGCGUAAUAGAAUAACCGUUACCGAUGACAUUGCAUUGGAAGCUAUUCAUAGUGUCGGACUUGACCCCCACAGCGCCCCUUUGUGGUUAAAGGUUAUCGAUAUUUGCUGCGGGGAGGGGAAGAAAAGGGAGUUGUUUCAUAUGGCUUUGCAAGUCCCUUUAUAUCAGCAAAACAUGGUCUACAAAGUGUACAGAACAUUUGAGAGCGAUGCUGCGAAGCGGAGUGGGGAAAAGGUCGGUAACCAUCUUGCUCUUUCGGACAUCAAUCACUUUUCGGAGAUGCUGAAAACGGAGCCCCGCUGGCCCGAUCGAUUUGUCGAUUCCUCCGCAUGCAGCAGCUACCAAAGAAAUGUUCUAUGUUCACAGUGGAACAUCCUGCUUCAAACUCUUUUAGGUAGGUGUGAUCAGGAUUCUAUGCGGGAGCUUCACUUAAGGAGGGCAGAACUUGCAUUUCGCCAAAUGUGCAGUCAGUUUCCCAAUGAAGACGUAUGUUGGUACACAUACGCAUGCUUCAUGGCUGUAAAGAUGAACGACCAUGUCCAAGCUAUGGAGAUACUGAAGAGAGGGCGAGCGUCUAGCAGUGAAGUCUCGGUUGCACUCUGGUUGGCGGAACCGUUACUGAACAGGGAUUUUCAGUUGGAGCAACCGUUGACAAAGGACAAGGUAAACGCGCAACUUUUUAUUCAGCGGCUCUAUGCUAACACCGCUAGAAAUUUCUUGCAAAACAAGAAAUGUCUUCGGGAUAUUGGAAAGAGGGCUGUCGCUGAAAAUGUUAGUGAUUGGAAACUUUAUCACCAGUGGGCCUCCGCGGAGCGCUCCGUUCUACGGGAUCAGUCAAUGACGUCCAAAAUAUACGAAAGGGGUAUUUCUUGCGUCUCGAAGUCCCCAAAAGAUGCUAUACUGUUUUCCAAUGAGGCCAUGAAGUACCACCUUUGGCGGCAGGACGAACGUCAGGUUGUUGGUUACUCCGAGUUGCAAAUUGAAUUACUGUCCACUUCGCAGCACGAUGGAUGGGUAAGGGCAGGUUGGAACUAUCUUGUUAAUGCGGAGUCCAUGAUCGGUUUGCCUUCGCUACCGAAAACUCUGAAUAGGCGAGCUGAGCGGAAUAACGAUUUACCUUAUAAAUCAAUUAUCGAGCGGUACCGUGUGGGAAGUUACAUUCCAUGUGCGGACCGGGAUCUUGAUUGGAUUGAAUUUGUCAAUGACAUCACUCGUAUUCGAAGGGAGGAACAGGAGCAUAUCUUCCAGGCAGUGACACCUAUAAAAAACUCGUCUAUUUCGGUUCCCGCUCCUCGCAAGUUUGUGGGAGCGUCACCAGACACAUCUCUGUGGUGCCCAAUUGAGAUGGCCCCCAGACAUGAAGGAGUUUCUAUAAAAGACCCAGAUGAAAUAGUCGGACCACGAUACCUCCGCGGGAGGCUUGUGUAUAAGCUGACGCUUGACGACAAGACUGCAGCGAGGCUUCGAAGGGAAGAGUAUAUGCGAGGGAAGAGGGAGGGUAUGGACGAAAAACACACCCCAGCGGGCGCCGCCCAAAGCGCUCUCCAGUUGUUGGUGGAAAGGCUGGGUGCAAAGAGGUGGAACGAAACUCAACUUCGGUUGUGCAGACUCGUUAGCGCAGAGUGGCUUAUGAACACCCUUGCAAUGGGUGAUUUGGACCUCGCGAAGAAAAAAGCGUAG